AUGGCCAUAUUCAACUUGUUUCGUGAUGAUGUCUCUUCUUACGACACAAUUUCUUUAUUACAAAAAAUUGUUUUACUUUUUGAGUUGAUUGACAAAAAUAUCACAUCAAUACAAUAUAUAACUGAUGAUCCUGAUCGAAUUCCACGUCGUUACCAGCUUUCUCGCAUUCCUUCCUUAUUAUCUGAUUUAAUUUCAAUUUAUUUCACUAUUUAUGACCAAACAUAUGCAUCAAUAUUCGAUACAAACAUCAAAGACAUUGUUUCCGCGAUCCAAAACCUGAAUAUUGAAGAAUAUUCAAAAAUAUUAUUUUCAAAUCUGCAAAAAUGUCAAGAAGAAUACCAAAGACACAACAUGUACACGCUAAUUAUAGAGUCUAUUGAUAUAUUUGAUGCCGGAUUCGAUCCAGAAGAUUUUAAUUUAGUUCGAAACAAAAAAAAUCCGAAAAAUGACUGUAUCUACUUCACUGUUCAAGGAUUAGGUGUAAGCAAACAGUUCUAUGAAUCAUGCUACAUGCCACCAACUGUUUUGAGGCAAAAAAUACAUUUUAUUUUCCCAAAUUUGGAAAAUUUUUCAAUUUUGAAUUCAAAUUUCAACAUUUUUGCCUUCAAAUCUCUGUUGGAAGCUGGUGUAAAGAAUGGAGAUAAACUUACUUUAACUAGUUCUUCAUUGCCUUAUUUCAAAAACACAACAACAAUCUUUAAAUAUUUGUUUGAUCAUAAAAUCACUUCACUUUUAAUUCAAUCUCUAAAAAGUGACAUCAGUGGCUUCAGUUCAUUAAAAUUAUUGAAGAGGUUACCAGAUGACAAAGAUGUUUUGAAGAAUAAUGAUAUAAAGGGGAUGUCAGAAAGAGAGAUAAUUUAUUACAUUUCGGUUUUGAAAAAAGAAAAAUUGUCAGAUGAAAUUUACUCAAAUUUAAGUGAAAUUUUUAUGACAUCGGGAUCGAAAAUAGAGAAGUAUUUGACUAAGAUGUUUUUGUUGGAUUUCAGACCAAAGUUAAUUAAUUUCAAAGCUUCGGAUUUAAUUAAUUUUUUGGAUAAAAAUUCUGAAAUAAUAAAUUUGUUUGCGAAAUUAAUAGAAUUUGAUGAAAAUUUAAUAGAGAAAAGACAUCAACUUCUUACUGUUUUGGAACAGGCUGAUUCUUCAACAGCGUCUGAAUUAAGUAGAAUUUAUUCUACAAUUAAAAAUUCUGAAAAAUUCGUUGACGAAAUUUCAGAAAAUUUGACAAAAAAUUUUUUGUUUUUAAUUUUGUCAAUUGUUAAUCAGACAAAAUCAUCUGAUAUUCUAGAACAAAUAUUAGAUAAAAUACAACAUUCGCUUGCGAAAAAUGAGAAUGUUGUACAAAUAAUUGCAAAAAUUAUUGAAAAAGACAAAAAUUUGAUCAAAAAAUUGACAAAAACAAAUAAAGAUCAAAUUUUCUCAAUUGCAUUAAGUUGCAGUGACCAAAACCAAUAUUCAGCUGUUAACAUAAUCAAAGAAAUUGGUUGUGAAGGUUAUGAAAAUCAACUUUCUAAGUUUUAUUCAAAUAAAAUCCAAAAUUGGUCAUUUUCUCCAAUUUCUCCAAAUAAAACUGUUCCUGGAGUCGGUCUAAAGAACUUAGGAAUGACUUGUUACAUGAAUUCUGUAAUGCAACAAUUAUUCGCUCUAUCGUCAUUUGUCAAAACCGUUUUUGAUACAGAAAAUUCUUUAGAAAGUUUGAAACAAUUAUUUUCUGACAUGUCAGAAGAAAAACUUCCUUAUGCUGAUAUGAGUGACUUUGUAAAUGAAUGGAAAUGGGGAACGCAGAAAGUGAAUUGUUUUGAGCAACAAGACGCUUUGGAAUUUCUUUCCAUGUUUUUAGAUUCGAUGCCAAAAAAUUCUUCUCAGUUUUUCAUUGGUGAAUACGAAAAUGUUUUAACUGAUGACAAAGGAGAAAUCAUAUCUAAAAACAUAGAAAAUUUCGAUUCAAUAGAAGUCGAAAUCAAGAAUACAAUUGAGGAUUCAAUGACGAGUUCUUCUGUUUUCCCAGACUAUAAAAUUGACGACAAAACAGUUACAGUUACGAAAACAACAAAAGUCAAGAAAUUCCCUGAAGUUUUAGUCAUCCAAUUAAAGAGAUUUGAUUACAAUCUAAGAACAUUUGAAAAGAUCAAGGUCAAUACACAAUUCAAAUAUCCAAAUUCUUUAAAUUUGAAGAAUAUCGAAGGUGAAGUGACCAAUUAUAAUUUAACAGGAAUUGUUGCUCAUGCAGGAAAUGCUGUUGGUGGACAUUAUAUUUCUUUUAUAAAAUACCAAGAAAAUAAAUGGAAAAUAUUUGAUGAUACUGAUACAAGGAUUGCUCGCACACAAGAUAUGUAUAAUUUAUAUGGAACAUCAAGUGCAGACCAAUAUACUCCAAAUGCUUACAUUUUGUUCUAUACAAAGAAAGAUGAAAAAAUUUAUCAAAAAUUAGAAAUCCCUCAAAAAUACAAAAAAGCUUCAAAUGAAAAAAUCCAAAAUUUGUCAGAAAUAAGUGCAUUGUAUACGAGGAAUAGCUAUGAGUUAUCUAUCAUUUCCAAUCAUUUACUUGAUUUCUAUUUCAAUGUUUACAUGCAUUCGACAAUGUCAAAUUUAGAAAAACAAAUAAUUGACAGUUUGUCAGAUAUUGACAAUUUAUUUGACAAAUUAAUGGAAAGAGAAGAAGAUGUUUUGUAUUGUUUAGCUAAUUGUCCUAACUACGAAAUACUUAAUUCAUUGCAUGCGAUAUUGAAAAUGAAUUCUUUGAGUUUCACUCGAGAUUUUGUUAAUCAUUUAUUAAUUUUGAUUGAAAAUUCGGGCCAAAAUUGGAGAAUUGUAAAUUCAAUCUGCUCCGUUUUGGCUCAUUAUAUUCUUUGUCAUCCGAACCAAAAUGACUUCAUUUAUAGAUCUCUUUGCGGUUAUUUAUUGCGGUUUUAUGACAAACCGUCAACUUCUUUGAAUGUUGUCAAUUUUUCACCUUUAUUUAAUUUGUUUACUUUUGAAAAAUACCCUGAAGUUAAAGAAACAAUCAAAGCUAUUUCAAACAAAGUGAUACAGAAUGAGAACCACAAAUCACAGUUUGAAACAGUUCUUGCUUAUUACGCAGACAUUGAAACAUUGCCACAAAUCAUUGUCCAAGCGAGAUCUGAUCCAAAUACUCAGGCAAUGCUGAUUAAGAUCAUUUUCAAUGUUUUGCAAAAUGUUCAUACAACGAAAGAACAACUUAAGAAAAUGUUUGAUACUGUUUUCAUCAUGAAAGAAGGAUAUUCUUCAGUAGUUUUAAAGAAAAUUGUUGUUGCAAUGAUUAUGAAAUCAUUAGAAAAAGAAAAUUUCCUUGAUUUGAUUACUGAUAAUUUAGAAUUUAUUUUGACACCGAUUUUAUGUCAUUUGAAUUUGAAUACGACCAAGAAAUUGGCAGAAACUCUUUCUUAUUUCAUUGUUCCUUCCGCUUGUAUUCCUCCUUUCAAAGAAGCUCAAACUGCUUGCCAAUUCUCUUCUGAUUCAAUUAAAAGGUAUACUAUUGAUGAAUACAUGAAGUCUUACGUUCCUUCUCAAAACAAAAAAGAAAAAAUUACACCAAAAGUUUCGGAUUUCACACAGGAUGAAUUGAGAAGAGCAAAUAAAUUGAAAGAUUUUGUUGUCACUUUUGUAAAAAGUGUCAUUGAAAAACCGAUCAAACUUUCUAUAAGAACUGGUAAUUAUUUGCAACAUCCUAUUAUUAUUGUACAAAGAAUUGCAUAUUUCUGUGGUCAAAUCCUUGGUUUUGAGUUCAUCAAACCAUUUAUUCUUCCUCUUUUUGAAAAAUUUUUGCCGAAAAACAAAAACGAAGAAUUUUUACCUUGUUCAAGUUUAGGAUCUUUGAUGUCUAUGUGCGAAAUAUACUUAGAUCAAUAUGUUGAUUUCAUUGCUUCUAUUGAGAAAAUCGAUCCUUCAACGUUGAGACAUUUGAAGAAUUUCAUUUGUAACUUGAAAGAUGAUGAUUUGAAAUUAUUUGUUGAAAACAAAAAUUCAAUAAAAGUUAUGACAGAAAUGGCCAAAUCAACAGAAGGUUCUGUUCAUAAAGGAAUAUUCCAGAUAGUUACAAAAGCUUUAUUCGUAACAGAUAACAAACUUUUCUUCGAUGCUUGUGUUCCUGACAUGUCAAAUAAUGUCAUGAAACUUAUUCCGAUGCCAAAAAUUUUGACAAUAAUUGACAGAUUGAUUCCAUUUAUUUCUGAAGAAACGAAGAUGGCUGUAUUUAGAUAUACUAUAGAGAAAAUGAUCUUCAUUGCUUCUCAGACACAAAGAGUUGAUGAAGAGAAGUUAAAUGAAACAAUUUCCAUUGCAAAUAUCAUUGGACAAUUCAUAGAAAAUCCUGUCUUAAGUGAAGAAGAAAUCCAGAAAAUUGUUGAAUUUCCAAAUCCUGCGAGUGUUUCUUUGAUUCUAAAGAACACAAAUCAAAUAGAAGAAUUGCAAAAGACAGAAAAAGGAAUAUACAUUUCUAUUUUAGCUCUUUUCCUUUCAGAAAGAAUCGAAAUGGCCAUGAAAUAUGAAUCUUCUGUUGAGUUUUGGAAAGCAGCAAUGAUUUCUCCAAAACCUGUCUUAGUUUAUAUAACAAAAGAACGCUUUGUAAAAACACCUUUGUCAUCUAGGAUAAAGACAAAUGCUUUUACAAAGGGAAUCAAGAUGUUGGAUGAAGAAAAUGUUGUUGAAUUGUUUGGUCUAAUGACUGCAGAAAUAUUUGAAGAUGAUGUUGACGAAAAAGAAGUUUUAAAGAAAUUAGAAUUGAUUGUGAAUUGUAGACCUGAACUGAAAGAAUCAUUUAUUGGUCUUCUUCCUCUUUCUAAAGAAGAUUUAAUUGAGAAAAAUGCACGAUCUUUAAUUAAUGCACUUGAUUUGAAUUGA